UAAAAUACCAUAAAAUAGCCUAGAAAAAGCUAUUUUAUGAUGGCAGAAACAGUAAUAUUCAAGAAUACUCCUCUAGGAGAUUAUCUAGAAGACGUAAAACAGGGAGAUGAUGUUGAGAGUAAAAUAAAAACGAUUUUUCAAUCUUAUUAUACAUCUCAAGCACGACAACUCUCAAGAAAACGUAGAUGUAUAUCUUCAGAAGUCGAAUAUUUUUCAAAUAAAUCAUAUGCAUUACUUGUAAAAGUAUAUUCUUUAUUUUCGGAGUUUUUGAGUAUAUAUCUUUCAGAAACAGAGAAAUCUCAAUUUAUUGAACGAUUUCGAUAUAUUAUUUGUACUUCACAGCUUUUAAAUGAAAAUAUAUCACCAUCUCUAUAUCAUCCUCAACAAUCGUCUAUAAACAAUAAAAAAAAAAAAAGUAUAUUAUUUGGAAUAGUAACUUGUGAUGCUCUUUAUUGGUCUAUUUCUGGUAUUUGUAUUGUCGUAUUAGCAUUGAUUAUAAAUUGGAACUUUAAAAGCAAUAUUCAUGGAAUUGAUAAAAGAGUUCGAUAUUUUUUUGUAUUUAUUAUAUCCAUUGUCGUGGCACUAUUUCUUUAUACCUAUCAUUUUAGGAUAUAUUCUAAAUAUAUUCAAAAAAGGGCUAUAUUUUUUAUGAAACGCUUUGUCGAUACAUCUCAACAUUUUGACAUUACAAUUAAUAAGACACUAUCAUUAAUUCAAGAAGUUGAACUUAUUUCUCGUGGUUAUUUAUUAUCAUCACCUUUGCCUCCUAUUACUAGAAUUGAAGCAAAUUCGCAGAGUCGACGUUGUAAAAUGCUACGUUUAUUGCUUUCGACUUUAUUGUCUCAAGCAUUUUUGUCAUAUAAUCGCACUUUUUCUUUGUUACAAACAUUUUAUUCAAAACGAGAAUUUGAUACGUUACAAAUAAUGUAUAAUUUGCCAAAUUCUCAAGAUUUUGAUUUUCUUCCUUCUUAUUUUAAAGAGGAUCAUUCUGAUGGAUUACCUUAUUUAAAAGCUCUUUUUUAUACAAUACACGAAAAACGACGUCAAUGUCUUGUGUCACUUUUAUCAAUGUCUACAUCAAGUCUUAAAAAUAUAUCUUCUUGGAGAUGUAUUAUCGAUCAAUUAAAAAGUUUAUCUGAUUUGAUGAGUAAUUUUGAUAAUGAAAUUGAAGAAUCUUUGGAAAAUAAUGAACGAAUCUCGGAAUUAUCUGCAUCGAAAAUUAAAACAAAUGGAAAAAAUGUUAGAUGGAAUGAUUAUACACGGAAUAUUGGUUUGCUUUUUCAGGUUUUGCGUAGAUUUCAAGCGAAGCUAUAUAUUUUGAAAGAAGAAACCAAUUGUUUAAUACAAGGUGACUUUGAUGAAAACAUUAGGGAUGAAUUCUUAUGUUAUUAUGAUUCUCUUAAAGACGAUUUAAAAGUGUUAAUGGAAAAAUGGGAAUCUGGAAGAAAUUGCUUAUUAAAAAUAUGUGUUGAAUCUAAUACUCAAACAUCAAAAAGCUUACAUUCUAAUUUGCAAAAGAUGGAAGAUUCAAAUCCUACUUUUCGUAAAACAUUAAAACUAGAUUCUGAUAACUCUAUAGAUGAAUCUAAAAAUAAUAAAGCUCUCUCCGAAAUUACAAAUGAUUGGGAGAUAUCAUCAUCAUAUUCACAAUGUCCGCAAUCAUCGGAAGGAAUGCCUUCAAGUACCAAUGAAAAAGAAGUUGUCUUUGAGACGGUUUCAAAUAAUUCUGAAUUAGAUAUACAAUUGCAAAAACCAACAAGAGCAGAAAGGAUUGAAAGAAUUAAGAAAGAACGAGAAAAACAUUUAAAAAUAAAGAAAGAUAGGGAAAUAGGAAUGAAAGUGGUUUCAGAACUCAAAGAUGUAUUAGGAAAAAGAAAAAUAAAAUCCUUAAAUGGUGAAAAUUGACUUUGAAAAAUCUCGAAAAUAGAAAUAUUGUUUGUUCUUAAAAACCCACCGUAUAGGUGUUUAAUAUUCAUUUUCAUUUAUUCAUGUAUUGUAGAUAUAUAUAAAUAGCCACUUCUGAUUGUACUUAUGAUUCAAAGAUAUCGUAUUAAGACUAUAGUAAUGCAGAGCAAUCCUUAAUUUAUUCUCCUAAGUCUUUCAGCAUUAACAUGAAUUUCGGCAUUUAAUUUAUGUCCCUUGAAAAAUCAGUAAAAAAUUAAAAUGUUAAACUAUUAACCUUGUCAGAUAUCCUAUCAAGUCUAUUGUUUUGGCUUAAAAUUUCCUCUUGAGUAGCAGUAGCGAUUGCUUUAAGCUGAGCAGUAAUGUUGCCAAGCUGAGUUAAAUUUUGAUCAAUUUCAUUUUCAAGCUCAUUAUCUUCCUAUUUAAAAAUAUUAAAACAGUAUCUUUUUAUUUAAAAUAAAGACCUCAUCUGGUUCAAACCGAUAACG